UUAAGUAACCUGAAGUAACCUAAAAUGAGUAAAAGAUUGUUUAAAUACGUUACAGUUGGUUCGCUUAGUUUCUUAGCUGGUAUAUACACAGAAAAAUUUAAAUUAGUAUGCGACCCAAAUACGAUUAUUGUAAAAAAUGUUCCUGGUCUCCCAAUUUUUGGCACUGUAUCAGCCGCAACUCCUUUUACGCCAGUGCCAGUACCAGAUGUAUCAGUUACAGAGCCUCAGAAGAAAUUAAGUAGGGUUUCUGAGAUAAUGAAAUAUGGAUUUCCAAGUUUAGAUCAAAUAAGAUCCUUUGAAAAUUAUGUAUUGAGUUACGAUCGUAGAAAUAGAGUGGCACACUGGGUUUUCGAACAUAUUACAAAGGAAUCUAUUCAGCCUAAUGAUCAAGUCGAUAGAUCGAAGUGCGAGUUUAAAGUUGAUGAUAGUAUACACAAAUUCUUCAGGUCCGAAAAUACUGAUUACAAAAAGUCAGGUUUUGAUAGAGGACAUCUAGCUGCUGCUGGGAAUCAUAAAUGUAGUCAGAAACAGGUAGAACAAACUUUCUUUUUGUCUAACAUGGCUCCACAAGUAGGUAAGGGUUUUAAUAGAGAUUCUUGGAACCGGUUGGAAAAGCAUGUAAGAAAAUUGACUAGGGUAUAUACAAAUGUAUAUUGCUGCACAGGACCACUAUAUUUGCCAAGGAAAGAAAGUGAUGGAAAAAACUAUGUUAAGUUUGAAGUAAUAGGAGCAAACCAUGUAGCAGUUCCUACUCAUUUCUUUAAGGUCAUUGUAGGAGAAACAGCAGAUGGAAAGCUGGAAAUGGAGACUUAUGUAAUGCCCAACCAGGUUAUAGAUGAUAAUGUUCCUUUGACCAGUUUUCAAGUUCCCCCAGAGAGUGUAGAACGAGCAGCAGGCUUGUUAUUUUUCGAUAAUGUAGCUAGAAACAAAAUAAGUAAAAUAAAUGGGAAGAAAAAUUAGUGCAGACUAAUUUAGUGUGUUUCUAGUCCAUUUCGACAAGUGGCAUUGAGCAUCCAUUUGUUUUUAUUCCAUUUUACCCAAUUUUAUUGUAGGUCAGUAGUUGAUAUGAUGUUUUUAUCAUUUAAAAUUAAGAAUGCCAU